UUACCUACCCGAAUGGGUUUCUGGUCUGUUAAUUUCGCAAAGGAUGGAGGACAUAAAAAAUAAGUUGUACACGCCCAUAACCAAAUUUGAAGGCAAGAACUGCGUUGUGUUCGGUCAUCCUUACCAAAUCAUCAACUGUGACUUCGAACAAAUCUGCUUGGGGAAGCCCAAUUAUUCGUCGCUGAGUUUGGCGGGCACCAUGAACGAGUUUGAGGUGAGGAAACGUGACACACUGUUCGACGAUUGCCAAAUUAUGGCUGCCCCGGUUGUUACCCCCAUCAUGAGGAACACGUUCGUUUUGGAAAGUGCCCAUCAGUGUCCGGAGUAUAAAGGGAACGCCGUUUAUGAAGAGGGUGUCUAUAUAAAAAUAAAAGAUUCUGAGGAGCCGCUUUACUUGUCGUUCAGUAGCACCUUGCUCACACUGGGGGAGUUCAAUCCGGUUAAAUUGACCUCGAAGAGGGACGAAUAUUGUACGUUUAAAUUGAUCUUCUGGGAUCCAAAGACUAGGUAUGCAAAAUUUCGAACCAUUGAGCUGAACACCAGAAUCAUCAUACAACAUAUGGCGACUGGAAAGAAUUUGGUGGUGGCCAAGUCUCUUGUGCCCACAAUAUUUGGUCUUGAGUAUGAGGUCACGUGCAACCUCAUGAGGAAUUGCCACAAAAUGGAGACUGCUGAUAGUUACUGGUUGAUCAGAUAAAAGGUCUUUGAUGUUGUUGAUUUCUUUUUAAAUUUCUCUUGCUAGAUAUGUAUUUAAGGGAUUUACAUUUUAAGGUAAAUAAUAGAGCUCUUUGUGAGGCCAAAGGCAAAGAAGACUUGAAUUUUUACAAUAUGGAUAUUAAAAUUCUGGAUUAUAUGUCAAUAUUGAUUAUCAAAUGAAGUGUGACAAACGUCUUAUAUGCUGCAUGUACAUAUACAAUUUUAAAUAAUUUUUAAUGAUGUACAGUUUACCCACCCGCAUGGUUGGAUGGUUUGAUUCUACAACAAACUGCAACUUCUUCGAGGAGAAGUUAAAGUAUGAAAAGUCUAGAGGUAUGUUGUGUAGUCAAAAAUUGGCGGCUGCCAAGAAGAAAUUGUACACACCAGUGCCUAAAUUGGGAGGAGCAAGAACAGUUAUGUAUGGCAAUCCAUACCAAAUCAUCAAUCGGGAUUUCGAAAAGGAUUGUUUGCACAAAAAGAACUACCAACAUCUGUGUCUGGCAGGAACAAUGAACGAUUUGGAAGUGGAGAAAUACGGCACCCUUUCGGAGGGCUGUCAAGUGAUGGCCAUCAACACCACGUCCACCAUCAUGAGAAACACCUUCUCCUUAGAGAGCUCCCAUCCAUGUUACAAAUUCACAGGCAACAUCAUUUACGAAGAAAGUGUCUACAUCAAAACGGUGGGCACUGAGGUGCCGCUCUACGUGACAUUCAUGGAAAGCUUCCUCACCCUCGGUCACAUGUCACCGGUCACCUUAACGUUGAAACCGACCGUCUACUCAAAAUUCAAGAUAUCCUUCUGGAAACCGGACACGAGGUCCACCAAAUUCAGGACCAUCGAAGUGGAUCAAAGACUGAUCAUCAAACAUUCGGCGACCGGGAAAAAUUUGGUGUUGACUCACUCCCGCAUACCCACGGUGUUUGGGUCGGAGUAUGAGGUGACGUGUGACACUCUAAGGGACACGCACAAAAUGGAGACUGCUGAAAAUUUUUGGGUGAUCCUAUGAAAAUUGUUGCAGUCCUCGCAAUGGAGGAACUGUCUAAAAAUGAAUAGCCUUAUACAAUAAUGUUAUCUUAGCAUUACAUUAUUUUUAGUACAGUAAUCUUAAUAUACAAUAUUAUAUUAAC